UAAAAAUAGAACGGUUGAAGGGGGAUGAAGGAUUGACAAUCUGAAAGGAUGGGAUUUAAUAAGAUUUUUACAAACACAAUAUUGGUUCCAAACUUUCAUGAACAGAAUACUGUAGAGCCUAAACCAGAAAAUAAAAAGAACCAGGAUAAAAAUGAAAAUAUAAAGUGUCCAACAUCAUAUAUUGGAUUAUCUCAAAGCUUUAACGACAAAAUAGGUUGAGUUAAGGAGAUGAACGAUGAAACUCAUUAGUCUGAUCAGUGCUCUGCAGAUUCUAUGGUUCAACAUUGCCCUUAGUUCUCGACAAUACGACGUCCAUGGUGUCAAAGGUGACAAGGGAAAGAUAUCCUGCGCCAUAGGUGAGCCAAGAGUACAUACGGUUUGGUUUGGCUUCUCUGGUAAGGAACAGAUGCCGCGUUGUGAUGAAUUGUUACAGACGGAAGACGACUGUCUCAUAAAUCUCCAAUACGAAGAUGUUGGAUCAUGCAAUCCACAAGGGGUUUGUUCCUAUCCAAAAAUCAACAUUUCUGAGAUCGAGUCUCGACCAAUGCACUGUGGACAUUUUUGGAUUCUCUGCUACUCCUGCCCAGACGAUGAACUGCUAAUGGAGCAAUUUUUUCAGGAUGAUGUUUACAACCUUUACUCUGAUAGCUCCGAGAAUAGAAAUGAUUAUAAAAUACCUGAAAUGUUUUAUAACAAUGCGGAUAAUAAACAAAACAAUGAAGGAGAAAAAAAUAAAAAAAGAGAGGAAAAUUUAAGGAUAAGAACAAAUAGUAAAAAGAUAACUAAAGAUAACUUGGAUAUCAAGACUGAACCCAUUGAGAAUGACUGGGAAAGAAUGGUUGACGAAUAUGACGAGUACGGUAAAUAUGGCAAAUUCGGCGAAUAUGACGAUUAUGGUGAGUAUGACGAAUACGGAGAGGAAAAUGAAAACCACCCGGAAUCCAUCUCAUCCUUAGAACAUCUUCAUACAUACUCAACUACAAGGUAUGAUAUAACUGGAUAUGAGGAUUUAGUUUGUACGGGGAAGGACAUAUCUCUCCAGUUCGCCAUCUUUAAGUUUCAAUCAAUCAAUCCAACCUGGCAGGAGGAACUCUGCUCAACCGAUCUAACUCGUCUUGUUCUUGGUCUAUGCUCUAGGUCUAGGUGUAAGAAUCCCACCCUGGAGAGAUUAAAUCUAGAGCCGUACAAGAUCUGUCCGGAUUUAAAAACUGGUUUUAUCGGAAUCUGGGAGAUCAUGUAUUCAUGUAUUACACAAGGUAAAACUUUAUUGAACCAGAACACGUAUCCUAAAGAACAGUGGACAUUGGAUGUAAAUCAUGAAAAACUGAAUGUUGAGAACAAAUUAUUUGAAGAGAAAAGUUCAAAACAUGUUAUAACUACAGAUACAGAUGAAAUAAAUCAGGGAACUGUAGACCCCGAUAUGAUUUUAUCUAACAAGGUUCAAACUACAUCUACAGAUGAAGAAACUACAUUUGCUAAAAGUGAUCAUACAUUAACUGAACUGGAAACUACAUCUACGGAAGUAGAAACUACAUUUACUAAAAGUGAUCAUACAUUGGAAACUACAUCUACGGAAAGUGAAAUUGAAUACAUAUCAACUACGAUUGAUUAUACCACUGAAAGUGAAAUUGUAUUAAAUUUAAGUAAAAUCUUAUCUACGAAAAGUGAAAAUAUAUCUAUCGAAUCUAUAUUUGCCGGAGAAAAUGAAAGUGAAAUUACAUCCACUCGAAAUGACAUUACAUUUUCUGAAAGUAAAAUUAAAUCUACUGAAAAUGGCAUUACAUCUUCUGAAAGUGACAGUACAUCUUCUGAAAGUAACAUUACAUCUGCUAAAAGUGGCAUUCUAUCUACUGAAAGUGAAAUUACAUCUAUUGAAAAUGAAAAUACAUCUGCUAAAAGUGACCUUACAUUUUCUGAAAUUGAAAUUAAAUCUACUGAAAGUGGCAUUUUAUCUGCUGAAGUUAAAAGUGGCAUUAAAUCUGCUGAAAGUAGCAUUACAUUUGCUGAAAGUGGCAUCACAUUUACUGAAAGUAGCUUUACAUCUGCUGAAAGUGGCAUUAAAUCUGCUGAAAGUGGCAUUAAAUCUGCUGAAAGUGGCAUUACAUCUGCUGAAAGUGGCAUUACAUCUGUUGGAAGUGGCAUUACAUCUGCUGAAAGUGGCAUUACAUUUGCUGAACAUGAAAAUUCACCAAGUGAAAGUGAAAAAACCAAAAGUGAGACUACAUCUUAUAAGAAUGAAAACACAUCUAAGAAAAGUGAAAAUACUCUGUAUGAAAACGAAACUGCAUUUACUGAAAUCCUAACUUCAAUUAAUGAAAGUAGAAUUCCAUUAUAUAUAAAAGUAAGUAAAUCAUAUGAAAAUGAAAAUGCAUCAACUGAGGAUAAAACUGAUUCUACUAAAGAUGAAAGUACACCAACCAUAAGUGAAUUUACAUUUUUUUUAAAUGAAACUAUAUCAACUGAAAAUGAAACCAAAUCAACUGAAAAUGAAGCUAAAUCAACUGAAAGUGUCGAAGCUAAAUCAACUGAAAGUGAAACAAAAUCAACUGAAAGUGAAACUAAAUCAACUGAACAUGAAACCAAAUCAUCUGAAAGUGAAACUAAAUCAACUGAAAGUGAAACUAAAUCAACUGAAAGUGAAACUAGAUCAACUGAAAGUGAAACUAAAUCGUCUGAAUAUGAAACUAAAUUAACUAAAAAUGAAACGAAAUCGUUUGAAAGUGAAACUAAUUCAUCUAAAAGUGAAACUAAUUCAUCUAUAAGUGAAAUUAAAUCCUAUAAGAGUGAUACCAAAUCAACUAAAAGUCAAACUAGAUUAACUAAAAAUGAAAAAAAAUUAACUGAAAGUGAAACUGAAUCAACCGUAAGUGAAAUUAAAUCAACAGAAAAGGGAACUAAACCAACCGAAAGUGAAACUAAAUCAACUGAAAUGGAAACUAAAUUAUCUGAAAAUAAAACUAAAUCAAAUAAAAAUGAAACUAAAUCAAUUGAAAAUGAAACUAACUCUAUUAAAAAUGAAACUUUGUUAACAGAAAGUGUAACUAAAUCAGUGAAAAGUGAAACAUAUUCAACUGAAAUGGAAACGAAAAGUAAAGGUAAAAAUAUAAUUAAAGACUAUUCCAUUAAAAGUGAAAAUGAAACUAUAUUUACUGAAAGUGAAACUUUAUUCAGUGUAACCAACCCCACAGAUGUUAACACUAUAGUAUAUCAAGAAAAAAAGAAAAUUCUAAAAACAUCUCACGAAAAAAAUGAAAAUGCACAAAUAUUUAUGCAAACAUAUGUAAACAAUGACAAAAUUUUCAAAGAAAUGACUAAAAAUAAGGAUUUAGGGAAGAGGAAAAUAAGAAAACACGCAAUCUUCUCUCACGUCACAAUAUCUAGUGGAGGUAUACACAAUGAACAUUCAGAGAACCCCAAAGAAAUAUUGAUUGAUAAUAAUUCAACGCAAACCAGCACUUUCAGCAGAGCAAAACCAGGUGCUUCACCUACAUUGAGUUCUUCAAGUGCUGAACCAUCUAGUAAUCUGGAAACAGUUAAAGAGGAAACUACUCUAAGAAACAUGGAAAAAGACCAAAUAAGAACCUGGAGCAAACUAAGAAUAGAAACUUCUUCUUCUCUAAGUAAUAGAGAAGAAGAGUCCAAAGAAAGGUUAGAAACUACUACUUCUAUGAGUAAUACAGAAGCAAAACUUAUCAGUACUUUGUCCAUGGCUCCAGUCAAACCUACUCCAAUAAGUACAAUAGGACUAGGUACAGAACCAAUCAGUACCUUGAGCAAGGUUAGAGCAGAAGAUACUACAACCAUGAUCAACUCAGAGUUAGAAACCAACCCGUUUGAAAUCAUUGAAGGAAGAGCUUGGAAAAAGUUUGAAAAUAGUCAUGAUAUCUCUAACUCUGAUAUCAUUGUCAUGUAUAUGGGUCAGCAACAGAGGGAAGAUGACGUGAAAGACAAAUCAAAAACUAGAACACAUGCUCAACUCCAGAAUGAUAUCAGAGAUGUUUUAGAGAAACCCGACACCUCUGAUCUCAUUCAUAACUAUGCACAAACACGAAAUAUUCUAAAUCUAAACAAAUAUCGAACAACAAAUGAAAACUCAGUGGGAGGUAUAAAUGGCAACAUUAAUAGUUCAAAACUAUUUGAGAGUGAUAUCGAUGAGAAUAAAGGACUUGUUGUACAGGAAGACAUGAAAGAUGCCGAUGAAGAAAUCUAUGAUCUUCAAGAUACCAAAGAAAUAGAUAACGUUAAAGACAGAUUAAAAGAUGAUGAUGAUGAAGGUCAAGUUGAAGUUUUGAAUAUUCAAAGAGAACAUGAAGAUAGUAAUAAAACAGGCAAAGGCUGGGAGGAAGGUUCAGGUUCUGCAGAUGAUUUUAUUUCAAAAGUUCCAAAAGAAGUUUCAACCAAUCUACUGAGACAGAAGCAAGGAAAUAUAAAAGAGAAAAUCUUUCAGAUAGAAAACUUCAAUUCUGAAACUCCAACUGAAUCUGCUGAACUUACUGAAGGUUGGUAUGAGAGCCUGGAAUCUAGAAUAAUGAAGGAAACAGAGGAAGAAAUUAAAUCUGAAAUUUCUAGUUUUCAAUCCGAACUUGACUCCCUUAUCCUUAUAAGCUCUGGAAACAAUGUCUCCAAAGCUGAAAUAAAAUCAAUCGCUCAACACGCUGUCUCUAAGUUCUUCAGAUCAAUUUCAUCGUCUAUAAACGUGUUUAAUUUUCACAAUGAGGAACAUAUAUCUCUGGAUGAAACCUUGGAUACUCCAGACGCGCUUAAAACCGCCUCCAGUAUCCUGAACAUCACAGAUACUAUCUCCAGGUCUAUUGCAGGAACCUUGGAGGUCGGAGAAUCACUGAAUAUAGAGACUGCGGAUAUUAACCUUACGGUUAUGAAAAGAAAAAUGAUAAACCCUUCGCUGGAUGAUAAAAAUAGCACGAGUAGCAGUAUGUGGAAGGCUAAAUCUUUAACAGUAAAUCUUCCUGAUCAAAUAUCUUUAGCAGGACUAGAUUCAACCAUCACUGUUGCCUUUUCAUCCAUCAAUAAUCUAGGAUCUAUGAUGAAUCUAAACAAGAACUUUUCCACGUCAAUCCUUAGUGUAUCUGUCCUCCACGUAGAGAAGGUUGGAUCAAGUAUUCCUCUCCAGGUACCCCUAGAGUUUACUAUACUCCAUCCUAAUAUGGAGAAUAUGAAAAGAAACUGUGUCUACUGGGAUUUUACUAGAGAGGUUUGGUCCUCUGAGGGUUGUUUUAUCAAGGAAAACACAGAGAGGGUUAAUGGUACAACUUGUCAGUGCUUUCAUCUUACAAACUUUGCAGUACUAGUUGAUAUCCAUGAUGUUGCAUUAAACCUUAACAUUAAACAAGGUUUGGAUAUAAUUACCCUGGUUGGAUGUAGUGUGAGUAUUGUUUGUCUGUUUAUCUGUCUGAUCGUUUACUCGAUGUUCAGUAGUGCUAGAAAUGAAAGAUCUGUGAUUAACUUUAAUAUAUGUUUGUGCCUGCUUCUUGCUGAGUUCCUGUUCCUAUUUGGUAUUGGAGAAACAGGAAACUAUUCUUUAUGUUUCGCUGUUGCUGUUUGUCUUCACUACCUGUUUAUGGCAUCCUUCAUGUGGAUGCUGGUUGCAGGGUUCCAGAUCUAUCAGCUCCUAGUUCAGGUUUGGGAGAAAGAGAGCUCUAGACGGGUUCAGUAUUAUCUGUUCGGAUAUAUUACUCCGCUCCUUAUCCUACUCAGCUCCCUACUCCUGGAUACAUUACUGCACCAGGAUACAGUUUAUGGAGGGACGGAGUACUGUUGGAUAACGGAUCCAACCCAUCUUCUAAUCUCAUUUAUAGUACCUAUCGGAGUAGUGGUUUCUUUAAACCUAUAUUUUCUCAGCCUAGCUGCCUGGAUACUGUACAAGCACUGUCGGGCAGGUCCACAGGUGUUCAGUAGAACCAGUAGAACUAAAUCUCUGCAGUCCUAUAUCCAUGGUCUGUUAGCCCUGAUGUCUAUCCUGGGUAUAACCUGGAGUAUAGGAAUUAUAUCUGUAAUCCAUCCUUCACAUAUUUUAACAGUCGUCUUCACAGUACUUAACACGUUUCAAGGUCUGUUUAUCUUCCUGUUCAACUGUGCUGGGAGCAGGAAGGUUAGAGAAGAAGGACGGAGACAUCUUAUCUCCAUUCUAUCUUGUCUCCGGGUGAGGUUCAGGAACCCGAUCUCAAGGAAGGAAUCAACCAUCUCUAGAUCUACCAACACUACCCAGAUAAGGGAAUAUUUUCUGCCUGAAAUGCAGUAUAUAAUUGGAUCCAAACUUCAGAACCGUAAACAACAGGCUGAACUCUCUAUCAGUUGCUACUACUAGUUCUCAGCGUCUAUACUAUAAUCAUAAUCAGCUUCAACAAUAUAUUAAUCAGCUGUUCCUAUUCAGAAUUAGUUUUGUAAAAUGUAUCUGCUACUAUAACUCGUUUCUUUAGCUACUGCUACUUUGUAACUUCAGCUAUUGCUUCUAAUGCAUGAUAAAGCUACUUUAGGCUAGAUUAAAGUUAUAUAUAUUAAA